UCUAAAUGACGUCAUGAAUCGGAGGCGCGGCCAGAGCAAAGGAAUCUGGGUAACCGGGCCCAAAGGGAUGGCGCGAAAAGCUACGAGCACUUCCGACCGUUAAACAGACGUACAUAUUUUUAAAAGACUAAAAAUGGAUUCCAAAACCGAUAAGGUUUCCAUGUGGCUAUCAAAGAUUUUUGGGGACCAGCAGAUCCCUUUCUAUGAAGUGAACCCAUGGUCCAUGGAUGUUCUGUAUCGCCUGAUGGAGCGGAAUGAAACUCGAGACCGUGACACCAUGCAACUGAUUGAGGAUGUGAAGCAAAAAACAGUGGAGUACAAAUCUGAUGCUGAUUACAUGCAGGAUUUCAUUAUGGAGAGUGUGGGCUUGUCCUCCACAAGCCUCUCCAGCAAUGGAUCCAGCUGCCUGAAAAACCUGGUGGAUAGCAGCCUCGCUUUGGAUCUGAAAGAUACCUCUCAAACCAGUUUUGUGCUUGCAAUAAAUGAUUUGACCUCUGACCGGACAGCAGCUGAGAACAGAAGUCAGACACUUGUAAUUAGUGACCUGAUGAAGAAACUGACUGAGGCCAUCGUUCUGGAAAAGUCUCUGGAAAAGGAUUUACUGACGACAGAUUCCAAUCUCAUUGAAGCAAAGGCAAAAGCAGAGUGUAAAAAGCAGAAUGCGGACUUCUUCAUAAAAAAGAUGAAUGAAUGGAACCAACUAAGCCAAAGUUUAGAGAAUGAUCUAAAGCAGGUUGGAUUUGACGCAUCUCUGGAUCAUCAAUCGCUAGUGGAACUCUCUGAGAGGCUGGAAAAUGUGAAGAAGGAAGUAGAAUCUUUGAAUGCAAAACUGAACUCCUACCUUAACUUAACACCCAAUGUCUACAGUGCCAAAGUGAAAAUUGAGGAAACAAAACUGGAGCUGAACAAAGUUGAUCGUCUUCUUUCUGAGAAGAUGGAUGAUCUGAGGUGUGCAUCACCUGAACUGAAUCUACUCAAAUGAACUACAAACUGAUAUCGGAUCAAAAUUCUCUUUCCUAACAUGAGUCAUCUUAAAAAUGCAUAUUGUUUCUAUGCCUGUAACUUUGACUAGCAAUCUAAAACAAUGGAGUUUAUUUUUUUUUAAAGUUUGCAAUGUUAAUGAAAGGUUUGAUCAUAAAUCGCUCAUCAACUGAAGAUGCUGUUUAAAAAAUGUCACCUUGCUUGUAGCUAUUGUUCUGCCAGCUUAAGGUGAAGCCUCUACGGUGUCAUGGGGCUUCCAUAUCGAUUAUUCCGUGUUAUCUCAAUAAUUCUCUAUUUAAAUUACAAUGGCUGGUGAGCUCAAUGAGGUUGCAGGCAGUGAUCAUGUAGUCUUGGAUUUAAAGUUUUGGAAGUGCCAACAGUUGAUAUUUCUGAUGGGAGUACACUUCUCUUCUCCAUCUUCCCUUCUUAUUUCCAUCUCAAUUUUAUCCUUUUCAAUGUAGUUUGAAGAAUUGACUAUGGUCUGCAUGUAUCUUAUGAAUUAGUGUUGGCGGGUUGUUUUAUGGUGGGGAGAGGCCAUCAUAGUCAAGCUUGAUUCUAUCUUCUCUCACAUCCUUUUCUGCUAAACAGAAAUAGACUUUUUUUGCCCCUAGUCUAGGGAAAUAGGCUAAUUACAACGUUUCCAGUAUUAACCAUGCUCACAUCACCAUUUUGUUUGAACUUGGUGCCUUUCUGAUUUUUAUGCCCAAUCUCGCAUUGUGUAGUUAUUUAUAGUUAUUAGGGAAUGUAUUCUCCAUUUCAUGUUUGUAUGUGCCUUGUCUUUGUCUGAAUACUGCUGAGUUGUUUUAGAUUUCUUGUAUCUAUACCAUCUCUGUUCAUUUCAGUGACAGAACUGCAAUAGAUAAGUACUUUAUGGCAGACUUUGACUAUUUACUGUCUUGGUUUAAUGCUGUACUUUUACCAUAGGAUGUAUGCAUACAAGAAUGAGAAAAUAUUCAAUCCAUUGAACUUCAGUGUAUCUUAGCUCUACUAUUAUGCUUUACUCAAAUGUUGUCAAAUGAGCAUUUUGUCAAGUCCUCGUCCCUAAUUGCAUCGGCGGAGAAGAAAAGAGUUGACGUUUCGAGUCCUCAUGACCCUU